AUGUGGAGAAAAUCUCCUACCAACCCCCCAUCAGGCCGCGAAGAUCACCCGUUUCAGUACCCAUCCUCCGAUGCUCCUGCUGGCCCUAGCGCUACAGCUGCAGCUUAUAGCGGCGCUGCUCGUCGUUCUCCUUCGCCUGCUGCGUACGGGGAUACGUACCCAAGCACUGCAGCUGCAGCCGCAGCUUACACCGGUGCUGCUCGCCGUUCCCCUUCCCCUGCAGCUUACGCCUGUGCCGCGCGUCGUUCCCCCUCCCCUGCUGCGUACGGAGAUACGUACGCGUACGAGGAUGGUGGGUCUUACCAAGAUGAACCGUUUCAACAGCAGAGUUCGUAUCAACAGUAUCCGUACGAGCAAGGCUCUUCGUACCAGCCGCACCAGCAGUACCAACGCGGAUCGCGAAAGCAGCAGCAGCAUCGCCGGCAGCAGCAUCUGCACCAGCAGCAGCAGCCGCCGCAAUUCGAAGAACCUGCCUGGCUUUCCCGUCAAGUAAAGGCCUGCGCUCCCGCCCCGAACGAGCUCUCAUUGGUCGGCCGGCCGUGCCUUAUCCACGAGGACGAUGACGUGUCAGCUGACGUGGCGGGCGGCGGCGGGCUGCUUCCCUGGAAAGGGGAAGAUUCUCUAAUGAUAGACCGCUUUGAUGUCAGGCAUCUAUUGGACGAUCUUAAAACUAUCAGGCGGAAAAAGGGGGGACGAGGAGGGGGGAGAGGGGGAGGGGACGCAGGGGAAGGUGGGGAGGAGGAGGAGAUGGAGAAGGAGAGAUAUGUAGAGCUGGAUAUGGUUGAGAAAGAGGAGAGGCGGAAGGCAGCAGCGGCAGAGGCGCAGAGAAAAGAGGAAGCGGCUGGGGGGACGGAGGAUGUGUGGGGGAGGGCAGCAAGGCGCAGAGGAGGAGGAUUCGCCGUGGCAGCGGCAGCAUCAGAGAAUGUUGCUGGGCAUGGGCAGGGUACGAGGCCUUUGCUCUCCUUGUGUCUCUUCCGCCUCUGCUCCUCCCGCUUCACUUCAAUCCUCCCUUUUGUUUCUCCCUUCUUCUUGCGUUCCCUCUCCUCCCCCCGUCUUCUUUUCUCUCCCUUCACUCGUCCAGCGUCCCAGACGCCCACUCGCCCCGCCUAUGCAGCUGUCGCCUUCAACUACGCCUCCUCUGCAGCCCCUGAUGAGCAGCAAGGAACCCUCCCAUCGUCUCCUCACAAGGCUGCUUCUGCUGGUGAAGGUGGUGAUGCACAAGCAUCAGCAGGAGCAGCUGCAGCAGCAGCAACAACAGGAGAAGCAGCAGGGGAAGGCAAAGGCAGCGGUUUUGUACCGCCCUUUGCAGUGCCCCCAGAGCUUCAGCAAUGCCUGCCCCCAUCAGAGAAAGUAUACACCAUAAUGGCACGCACUGCUUCAUUCAUACGAAAGGCGGGCGCACAGGCAGAGAUCGUGCUGCGAGUGAAGCACAAGGGCAACCCCCCCUUCGCCUUCCUCUCCCCUGACCACUCCUUACCUUACACCCCCCCCCCAACUGAAAAGAUUUACACCAUAAUGCCCCCAACUGAAAAGAUUUACACCAUAAUGGUGCGGACUGCUUCAUUCAUACGAAAGGCGGGCGCACAGGCAGAGAUCGUGCUGCGAGUGAAGCACAAGGGCAACCCCCCCUUCGCCUUCCUCUCUCUCACCCAACCCCUCAACCCCUCUUCCAUUUCCCCUCCCCGACCCGUUUUCCAGCCUCCAACCGAAAAGGUUUACACCAUAAUGGCGCGCACUGCUGCAUUCAUACGAAAGGCGGGCGCACAGGCAGAGAUUGUGCUGCGAGUGAAGCAAAAGAGCAAUCCCGCCUUCUCCUUCCUCUCCCCUGACCACUCCUUACACCCCUUCUUCCGGUUCCUAGUGGCAAAUCCUCAGUUGGAUGAGGAGGAUGGGGAGAAGGAGGAGGGUAAGGAGGAAGGGAAGGAAGAGCAGGAGAGGGAGGAGGGAGUUGAGGGGAGGAAGGGGAAAGAGGAGGAAGAGGGGGAGGAUGAAGGGAGAGAAGGAGCCAGCAGAGAGGGGAGCGAAAGGCAACAGGGGGAACCAGCGGAGGAAGAUGGAGCAUCUGAGGAAAGGGUUACGGAGGAAAGGGUUACGGAGGAAAGGGUUAUCGAGGGAGUGGAGGGAAGUAGGUGGUUCACUGAGGAGGUGUCUGAGGAAGGAAGUGGGGAAGGUGGGCCUGAGAUCCCUUCUGAAGAUAAUGCCUUCCCGGAACAGCCUCCCCCAGAACAGCCUCCCCCAGUUGAGCCUCCAGUGGUCUCAGAUGAGCCUCCCCCUCCUGGGAUGGAGACAGGAGAAGAAGCAGGGAGAGCGGAUCGAGGAGGAGGGGAGGGUGAGGGAGGAGAGGAGGGAGAGAAAGGCGAUGAAUGGGCGGAGGGAGGAGCAGCAGCAGGAGCUGCAGGAGGAGCGGGAGGAGCAGGAGCUGCGGGAGAAUCAGGUGGAGAAGGAGGAGGAAGAGUAACAGCAGGGGCGACAGGAGGGGAGGAGGCGGAAGAAGUGCCUGAGUCGGUGCGGGGCGUGGUGGGGAAGAUGGUGGAAUUUAUAGUGCGCAACGGGCACGAGUUUGAGAGCAUUGUGCGGCAGAGGGACGCUGGGGAGGGGCGCUUUCCGUUCCUGCUGCCGGGAGACCGCUUCCACGCCUACUACCAGCGCACACUGAAGGAAGCUCUGGAGGUGAGAGUGGGUGUGUUUAGGGUUAGAAUCAAAGGCUUUGCUGCUAAAGUGGGUGUGUCGGGUGGUGGGGAAGAUGGUGGAGUUAUAGUGCGCAACGGGCAUGAGUUUGAGAGCAUUGUGCGGCAGAGGGACGCGGGGGAGGGGUGCUUCCCUUUCUUAUUGCCUGGGGACCGCUUUCACGCCUACUACCAACGCACGCUAAAGGAGGCUUUGGAGGGUUUAGGUGCCAGAGUGGGAGCGAAGGCUGUUGGGAAGAUGGUGGGGCUCAUAGUGCGCAACGGGCACGAGUCUGAAAGCAUUGUGCGGCACAGGGAUGCUGGGGAGGGGCGCUUCCCACUCUUGUUGUUGGGAGUUGGGGUGGUGGUGGGGAAGAUGGUGGGGUUUAUAGUGCGCAACGGGCACGAGUUUGAGAGCAUUGUGCGGCAGAGGGGCGCUCCCCGUUUCUCUUGCCGGGAGACCCGUUUUCGCAGCUACUACCAGCGAACACUCAAGGAGGCUGUGGAGGGUUCAGAGUCUAGUUGCUGGAGUGAUGCGGGGUGUGGCGGGGAAGGUGGAGGGGUGUGGCGGGGAAGGUGGAGGGGUGUGGUGGGGAAGGUGGAGGGGUGUGGUGGGGAAGGUGGAGGGGUGUGGCGGGGAAGGUGGAGGGGUGUGGUGGGGAAGGUGGAGGGGUGUGGCGGGGAAGGUGGAGGGGUGUGGUGGGGAAGGUGGAGGGGUGUGGUGGGGAAGGUGGAGGGGUGUGGCGGGGAAGGUGGAGGGGUGUGGUGGGGAAGGUGGAGGGGUGUGGCGGGGAAGGUGGAGGGGUGUGGUGGGGAAGGUGGAGGGGUGUGGCAGGGAAGGUGGAGGGGUGUGGUGGGGAAGGUGGAGUGGUGUGGUGGGGAAGGUGGAGUGGAGGCGUACAUUGUGUGCCACAGCCCCUCGGAGUUGCGGCGCGCCAAUGCCCCUCUGGUGUUGAUGCCACAGCCACCCCCUCGCCCUCGCCUCCCCACUGCGCGCGCCAAUGCCCCUCAGGUGUUGAUGCCACAGCCGCCCCCUCGCCCUCGCCCCCCCAUUGCCGUACUGCCAGGCAAACUGCCCGUGCCUGCUUGUCUCAGUCUCAUUGCUUCUGUUCUUCCCCUCUAUCCCAAUCCUCUCCCCCUUCUCCUUUUCUGUCCUUCCCCCCCACAGCGCGCCAAUGCUCCUCUGGUGUUGAUGCCGCAACCGCCCCCUCGCCCUCGCCCCCCCACUGCUGUCCUUCCCGGGAAGCUGCCCGUGCCUGCUGUCCGCAAACUGAGGGGGGCAGAGGCGGGUGUGGUUCUAAGAGAUGUGACUCUAGCGGGAGGGGAGUCUGAGGAAGAGACUGAGGGUGGGGCCGGGGGGAAAGGCACUGCUGGUGGUGCUAGUGCUGGUGCUCGUGCUGCUGCUGGUUCAGGUGCUGGUAACACAGGUGGUAACCGCAUGAGCGCUGCAGCAGUGUUGGAGAUUCUGAGGGGAAGGAGGCCCGGGAGUGGACCAGGCAGGUCAGUCACUGGGCAGGGGUCUGCUCGUCCUGCUGGUCAAUCUGCUGCUGACUUAUCUGCUGCACCUUCUGCUGCUCCUCACGCUACUGUCACUGGUGUUGCCCCUCCUCCAUCUCUCAUUCCUACUGCUGCUGCUCCUGGUGGUUCCGGUGCUGCUGCUGCUGCUGCUGCUGCUGCUGCUGCUGCUGCUGCUGCUGCUGGUGAUGGUGGUUCUGCUGCUGCUGGUGCUGCUGCGGUGCAAGGAGGGGCUGUUGAGGAACUAACAGCAGAGGAGCAGAGGCGGGUGGAGAGGAGGCGCAAGGCAAAGCUCUUCUCUGCCAUGCUCUCAUCUACAGCCGGUUCUGCUGUAUCCGGUGCUGCUGUAUCCGGUACGUCUGCUGCAGGGAGCAGUGCUGCUGCUGGCGUUCCCACAGAAAGGGGGGGGGGCACUGAUGCGGCAGCAGUAGGGGGCAGUGGUGGUGUAACCACGCAAGGGGCUGAGGUUGCUCUGGUGGCAGCGGCGGCAGCUGCAGCAGCAGCAGUGGCCAAAGCACUGCCCCUUCUUGGCUUGUCAGGACAGGUUGAUGCUGGCGUUGGGAAGGGUGGAGGGGGAGGAGGGAGGGCAAGCAAAGGAGCAACGGGAGGAGCAUUUGGAGGGGCAAAGGCAGAGGUGAAUGGAGUGGAAAGUGGAUCGGUUGAGAUGGGGAAGGGGAAAGUCAGAUCGAAAGGAGAAGCAGAAGCAGGUGAUGCAGCGGGGGAAGGGGGGAGCAGGGCGGAGGGAGAGAGGAGCGAUAAAGAGGAGAGAAGGGGGGACAGGGAGGAGGGUGGGAAGGAAAGUCCUCGUCCCCCUCAUCUCCCUCUCGGUCACUUAGGAAAAGCCGCGGGCACUUAG